AUGAAGAAGAAUUCUCGCUUCAAGGCGCGGUCCAACUACGUCAAGCCCCAUCUCACCCCUGCGAACGUCGAAGAACGGCUCAAGUUCGCCAUGUCCUUCGUUCGGUCUUUGCCAAGUGGACGCCAUGGUUUCGACGACAUGCACGAAGAUGUGCAUGUUGACGAAAAAUGGUUCUACUUGACGAAGGUUAAACGUAGGUACUAUGUGUAUGACGACGAAGAGGUCGCGGCUCGGGCGGUCAAGUCCAAGCGCUUUAUCACGAAGCCAAGCCGCGAUAUGACCCACACGGCAAGAAGGAAUGGGACGGCAAGAUUGGUGUUUGGCCCUUCGUUCAAGUGGCUCCAGCGCAGCGUGGAAGCAAGAACAGGCCGAGGGGCGCCAUGA